ACGAUCGCAGAAAGGAACGGCAUCGUCUUACAACCUGUCAUGGGGAUCGGUGCACCUGGCGGCAUGGAAAUCCACCGUAUCCUCCAAGGCUGCCUGUCAACCAUCUCGGAAGAGACGCCAUCCCGCAAGACGCCUUCCUCGUUUGCACUCGCCGCACUUCCAGAUGCGGCCAAGGAUGACGUGUCCUACGUUUUCGGCAACUUGGCCAUCCAGGACGUCCUCCCAGACAAUCGGGACCUUGUGCUCAAGCCGUGGUCCAAGGUCACCGAACGCAAUUGCGGCAGCCUCACAGGACAUUACAGCAGGCUGUUCCCGAGGACCGAGUGGUACCCGCUCGUUGAUAUGGGCGUCAAGGACACCGUGGCUCAGUGUGACACCAUGCAACCACCAUGGACCGUGCAAGGAGCCUGGCACCAGAUGGUGGUAGCCUCGAGGGUCACCGUUCGCCUUCUAAUAUACAGUGCGCAACAUCCGAGUAUGCUUGGAGCGGAGGCGGCCGCGACCAUGAGUGGCCGGUUCAUCGAGUGCGACCACGUGCCUUCUGCCGAGUACCGCCUCGACGUCUUCGGCUGCAGGCUACGCAUCCACCCACGUGACACGCUGCCGUGCGCGUCGACGAUGCUGAACGCCUUCAAGGCUGAGAGCAACGGCGACACGUACGGCGUGGCUGGACCGAGCAGCUGCAUUUGGAGGUUACACGCGAGGUUCGGCCCGAACGGAGCAGACGGCAGCACGACAAUCUCGACAGCAGGGUCCAUCGCCCACGUGUGGCUGCCAUCUGCUCGGCUGCACCUCGUCGCAGCUGCAGCGACACAACAGCCACAAGCUCUGCAGGCGGCCUUAGAGCCUCCUCAGCUGCGCUUAUCCAAGCUGAGUCGCUGA